UAAUGAAAAUAAUAGUUCAAAUGAAUUUAAUAUUAAUAAAGCUAGUAGUUUAGUAUCUCAAUUGACAAGGGAUAAUUCUGUUUCAACUAAAUCACGAGAAAAUCGAUGGAAAUUAGAUGAAAAUACUACAUUGUGUGAUUAUCAAUUUUAUAUUUUUUCUCAUGUUGAAGCUUCACAUGUUGUUUAUCAUAUUGCUUCUGAAGAUAUUAGCAAUGAUGAGGAAGUAGAGGAG